UUGGGAAGAGUCAGAGAGAGUUCGGGGGCGUGUCCAAACAACCUCCCGGCCCAGGGCUCGGCUGCCUCUCUACGCUUUCCUGUCAGCUACCGCUCAUUCUUCAGUUCCUGGAGAGGCCGCUGUCGCUGCUUUUGGGGCUCAGAAGGAAGGCAAGUCCCGGGUGCCUAGAUUGCGGCGGCGCUGGAAGUCUCGGGCAGCUGGACAGCAGGCGUCCGCCGGGCGGCCAGUAAAACCUAAACCAUACUGGAAAACCAAACCACAUUUAAGAAGUGCAACCUUCCUGGAAAAAUCCAUCCCUUGUUGGAAGUGAACACAUCUUUCCCCAUGAGAAUAGUCUAUGCCAAUCCUGUUAGAUGUUUGUUUGCUACUGAUGGGUGUGAGCAAGUUAGAUAUUCUAUACCGGAGACUUCUUCUCACCAAACUUUUUAUCAGAGGAUGGGGAAGGCCAGAGGAUCUCAAAAGACUCUUUGAAUUUAGAAAGAUGAUUGGAAAUCGAGAAAGAUGUCAGAAUCUGGUUUCCAGUGAUUAUCCAGUAUACAUCGAUAAGAUAGAAGAGCAGUCAGACUGUAGGAUCCUAGAUGGACACUUUGUUUCCCCCAUGGCCCACUAUGUGCCUGGUAUCAUGCCAAUUGAAUCUGUUAUUGCAAGGUUCCAAUUUAUUGUGCCUAAAGAAUGGAACAGCAAAUAUAGACCUGUAUGCAUUCAUCUUGCUGGAACAGGAGAUCAUCAUUACUGGAGACGACGAACACUAAUGGCUCGUCCAAUGAUUAAAGAAGCCCGGAUGGCUUCUCUGCUGUUAGAAAACCCUUAUUAUGGCUGCAGGAAACCCAAGGACCAAAUAAGGUCCAGCUUAAAAAAUGUGUCUGACCUUUUUGUGAUGGGAGGAGCUCUUGUUUUAGAAUCUGCAGCUCUCUUGCACUGGCUAGAGAGGGAGGGUUAUGGACCUCUAGGAAUGACCGGAAUAUCCAUGGGCGGACACAUGGCUUCCUUAGCAGUAUCCAACUGGCCUAAGCCCAUGCCAUUGAUUCCGUGUCUGUCUUGGUCUACAGCAUCUGGGGUCUUCACUACGGGUGUACUAAGUAAAUCAAUUAACUGGAGGGAGCUGGAAAAACAGUAUUAUACACAGACAGUUUAUGAAGAAGAAAUUAUUCACAUGCUCGAAUAUUGUGGAACAGAUUCUUUCAAAAUGGGACAAGAGGUCGUGAAACGCUUCCCUAGCAGUGCAGACAAGCUAACUAACCUUAAUCUGGUUUCUAGAACUUUAAAUUUAGAUAUGACAGACCAAGUUGUGUCCUCAAAACCUGCUGAGUGCCAUAAACCUAGUAAAACAUCUGUCAGUGCCACAUCAGAAGGACUCUUGUUACAAGGUUCCUCUAAGAUGGAGUGCUUCAAUCAAACGCUUUCCACCAACAAAAGUAGUUAUACAAGUUGUAGUCCUCAAUCAUACCACCUACUCACCAAAGAACAAAGAAGAAAGAAUCUUCAGAAAGAAUCUUUAAUAUUUAUGAAAGGAGUCAUGGAUGAAUGUACUCAUGUAGCAAAUUUCUCAGUUCCAGUUGACCCAAGCCUCAUCAUAGUGGUUCAAGCCAAAGAAGAUGCCUACAUUCCACGAACAGGAGUUCGAAGUCUACAAGAAAUUUGGCCUGGUUGUGAAAUCCGAUAUCUAGAAGGGGGUCAUAUUAGUGCUUAUCUUUUUAAACAAGGACUCUUCAGGCGAGCCAUCUAUGAUGCAUUUGAACGCUUCCUCCAUAAAUACGCUAACUAAUUGGAUCACUGUAUGUAAUGAGUACAACCAUCAUGUUUCUUACAAAAGGAGUUUCAUCCCUUGAUGAUGUGAAGAACAAACAGACAGCACUAUAUUGUCUAAUUGCUAUCAAUGUAGUGUGGAAUUCAGUGUUACAGAUCAGUCAGCUAUAAUUUUCAAAUACAUUUGAAUAAUUUUAAACCAAUAUUUGGAUGACAUAAUGUUGAACUAUUUUGUUACUGGUUGUGGAAAUCCCAUAUACUCCAUGUCUAGUCUGUUGUUACUAUUUAUGAAAACUGUACAUUUUAAAUUAUGAAUAAUUUAUUAAUUUAAAAUAAAUGUAUUCAUAUAAACCCUAUUGGUUUUUAAAGAACUGCUAAAUCAAGCUAAAUUUGUAAUACAUCAGCCUGUAUUGUACAUACACCAUGACAUGAUAUUUCUAUUAUUGACUUGAUUUGAGAAACAUAUUCACUUCUUUUAUAGAUCCAUCAUAAAUUUAUAAUCUUAUAUUCAAUUUUAAUUUUCUGCCAUGGAUACUUAUGCUGUGUAAAAUCAGUGCUAACUUUGAAUUCUAAAAAAUCCUGAUGCUUUGUACUUAAGUGCUUUUAAUAAUUAAUUAAAAUUGAAUAUGAGAAUGCAGGUACAUAAGACUUGGCUAAACUUUACAACUUUGCCAAACAUUAGGUUAGAAAAAGAUGCCAAACAUACAUCUCCUACUUGAAAAUUCAUGAUAAAUGGAAAUAAUGAAAGACCUAUUGCAUUAACUGCCAAAUAACUGUCUUCUAACAUUUUCUUGUAUACAUACUCUGAGUUUGCUAAACAUCUAACUUUAAGCCAAGUACUUAACAUCUUUGGCUUUUUAAUUUUAGAAAUUAAUGGCCACGCAUGAAAUUGACUUGUCCCAUAUAAACUUUAUUUUACAGAAAACAUACAACUAGUAACUUUUUUAAAUGGAAGAUUUGGCUACAUUUGGUGCUUUCUUUUCAUGUUAAACUUCUCAAGCCAAGAGCUAAAAUGUUUUUAAAAAGUAGAAACUAUUCUAGGUUUGGAAUAAAUGUAUCUGAAUUUUAUUUGUUUGAAUAUGUGUUGUCUAUGAGUUAUUUUAAAAUAUAUAUUCCUAGUCCAGUAAGAAUAUUUGAAUUAUAAGGUGCCUUUGUAGCCUUUUUAAAGGAGAUUUUAUUUGUCCCUCUAAUGCCUCCAUUACCUUAAUUUUUAAAAACUAUUUUAAAAUGAUUAAUGUGAAGUCAUUGAUGGCAUACAAAGUUGUAAAUUCUGUGAAACUGCAUUGGCAUAAUAAACAAACAUGGUUACAGCCAUUUGAGCUUUAGCAAUUUUACAUGUUCAGAUUAGAACUUCUACUUUUCACUUAAGGUAUGAAAUCUACUGAAGUUCUUCAACAAAAUACCCUUUAAAAAGUUAAAGUAAAACUUGUUAACUGAUGUAUUUAGUGAAGUGAUUGAAUGUUUCUAAACAAUGGCUUUAGUAAAACCAGUACUUUAUUUUUUACAUAAAUAUUUCCUAUUAAGCAAUAAUGUACUAGGGUAUGUGGUUUUCUAUUGGUUAAUGAAUGAAAUUUCAUUUCAGUUUAAUUCACUCUUGGGCAUAACUAAUUUCUCCCAAGUAAAUGUGAAAGAAGGUAUUUUUACAAUUUCUUCUUUUAACCAGAUGUUUUAAGAACAUAUCCACACAACUACCUAAAGAAGUGCUGUCUGCCAUUUUAAAGAUUGGGUACAUAUAUUGCUAGAAAUUCAUUUGGGGCAGAAUUGCAAACAGGCAGUAAACUCAGAACAGCUUGGCCCACAGUUUUAUUUGAUGUGCAUAAUAUUUAAAAAAAUCUUGAAUUUGAACAGUCUUUAGAUUGGGCAUGCAUUCCUCAGUAUGACAUAGGCUACCAGACUCCCUCUUAUAUCAGACAACUAUUUUGUGUUUCCCACUAGUCUUGAAGACAUCUGAGCUUGAAACCCCAAUUUAGAUUUGUGCUUUAAAAAGUUUCUGAAUUUCAUGAUUUGAUAAUGUUGUGACUACUAUUAAAUCAUUUUAGCAUAUGCAUUUUACAUUAUUUCUUAUGAAUGUAAUUUUUCAAUGUGGUGCUUUCUCUUGUAAAGAUGAUUGAAUUAUUAACUCUGUAACUGAAUUUUUAAAAUCAUUUCCAAAUAUUUUAUAUUUCAUAAUAAAAGUCUCUUU